UCAACACAGUCAUGACAGUACACUGAUGUCUAAUAACAUUCAUUCUCCAGUGUUUUACUUCAAUAUGUACCAAGCUGUCAAAUCUUAAACACAGGCUUAUAUUGCUGCUCUGAGCCUCAUUGUUGUGGUCUUUGGUUACACCAUAAGCCAGUCACUCUAUUGACUACUGAUGGAAUAUUCUCGCGUAAUGUCCAGGUGAAGUGGCCAGAAUGCAGAGAAGUCCAGAACAGCAACCAGAGCAAGGGAAGGGCUCGACUUCCACCUUUAACCGCCUGCAUAACGGCGGUAUGGCCAAGAUUGUCUAUUUCUAUAAGGAUGGUGACCAGAACUACACAGGUACUCGUGUCACUCUCAAUGACAGGAGAUAUCGGACCAUGGACGCGUUAUGUAAUGACCUCAGUAAUCGCAUGAAGGAUCUGAGGUUUGGUGUGCGUGCUAUUUGGACACCUGGUGGUCACCACUCGGUCGAUACACUCGAUGGAUUGCAAAAUAACGGACGCUAUGUGUGUUCGACGAGUAAGAAUAAAGCCAAGGGUGUUGACUUCAAUCACUUGACGGAACGGAAGCCGUGGCAUGUUUCAAAACCUCACAGUGGAAUGCGAGCUUAUAGUAAGUUCUUACGAGGUGAAGGAGGGAAUCAAGCAAAUGGGCCGUCACAUCAUCCGAGGCCGGGUCGCCGAAUAGCACAGCAACGGCUUAGUAAUAAAGCAACCAGUGAUGACUCAUCCCCGUCAAGUCUCAGGUCAAAUAAGACUCCGAAAAAAAUCAGUGUGUACAAAAACACAGAUCAUACGGAAAAACAUGUGCUGUUACUGAACCGACGGACUGCUCAAUCGUUUGAACAGGUAUUGGAUGAUAUGAGUGAGUUAUUCAGGAUGGGGGUCAGGAAACUAUUCACAGUCGAAGGAAGUAGGAUGCAAUCACUCUCUGAUAUAUUCCACGGGCCGGACCAAUACGUUGUGUGUAGUAGUGAGCGAUUGCGAUCGACUGACGAUAUAAACAAUGACCUCACCACAAGGGGGCGCCACCCUGUGCCAGACAUGCGAGUAUUCGCCAACCGUAACAAAGCCAGGAGAGAUAAUCUCAACCGAACAAGAGGCAAGUGGAAGAUCUUCAUAACAACUGGUGAUGCAGAAGAUGCCGGCACCACUUCACAAGUGUCCAUCACCAUCUACGGUGACCGUGGCAACUCUGGCCCGAUCCCGCUCGGUGAUGGUGAUGGUGAGACGUUUCAGAGUGGACACAUCGAUGAGUUUGAGGUGUCUACGGGUAACAUUGGUACCAUCUACAAGAUACGCGUUGCUCACGACAACUCGGAGGGAUCUCCUGCAUGGUUCUGCGAUGAGGUGCGAAUGGUUGAUAUCAACUCUGGUGAAGAACUCAAGUUCAACGUCAGUCGUUGGCUCGCCCGUGACCAGGACGAUGGUGAAAUCUGCAAGGAGUAUGCAGCCAUACGCAAUGGCAAGGAGGUCCUCCCAACUCGAAAAUACCAAGCGAAGGUGAUCACUGGUGAUGUUUACAAUGCCGGCACUGAUGCUAAUGUUUACGUCACCAUCUACGGUGAGAGAGGAGACACUGGGGUCCGCCAGCUCCUUAAGUCACUCAACUCAACCAAACCCUUCAUGAAGGGGCAGUCAGACAUGUUUGAAGUGGAGGCUGUUGAUCUUGGUGGAUUGAAGCGGGUCAUCAUUGGCCAUGAUGGUGAUGGGCAAGGCAAUGGUUGGUUCCUCGACAAAAUCAUAAUAAAAGAAUCAUCUGAUGCAGUGGAAGAGGCUGUGUUCCCAUGCAGCCGGUGGCUGGAUGAAGAUGAGGAUGAUGGGAAGAUAGUCCGCGAGUUGAAGAUCCAGGAGGAGUACUUCAUGGAUAAGUUAGCCGCUGAGAUGUGGGAGUACGAGAGGUGGAAGUUUGCGCCGAAGUCACAGAUCAUGCUCUUCUCCAAGGUCACCCAGAAGGCGGUCAGGAUCUUACGUAAUGGCCGCGUUGAUGGUCUUGGCGAGCUCGAUGAUAAAGAGAAUGCAUUCUUCAAUGUGAUCCCCAAGAAGGACAUGAUCAUCAUGCUCGCAAGUACGAAGAGACCCAAGCAUCAUCUCACCAUUGAUAAAGCAAAUGUGGAUGGGAAUGGUCGUCCCAGCAUCUACUCUGAGUUCCGUGUCUUCAUCCAACCAGAUCGCAGUGCAAUGUUUGAAUCGGUGAAGUUCCCGGUGCAGCAUAUCAACAUCCAGAAAGAUGGCUACCCGGGUGACGCAAGAGGGAGUGUGGCUAAUCCGUCCAAACAGUUCUUCGUAUACUGCAGAGGCCAGUUCCGCGAUGACAGCAUCAUUAUGCUGUGUACCUCCAUGACACAGACGAUCGCCAUCGACCACAACAACACACUCUACGGCACUGGUAAACGUAACCGCAUGGCUCAGUUCAAGGUCAAGAAGAUCAGCUCCGGCAAUGUGCGCAUGUUCGAGAGUGCUGUAUUCCCCGACCAGUUCAUUCAGAUGCGUGAUAAUAAGUGUGACUGUAUGGGAUCUGGGGACAGCUACUGUCACUUUAAGGUUCAUCGCUACAAGGAGUUUGGCUAUGUGACACUCGAGUCAGUGGCGUGCAAGGGGCUCUUUAUUGGCCUGACACCAGAUGGACAGAUCAGGCCAACUGUCGAUACAAAUGAGAAGAACAUAUGGCUUUUCCCCGAGGUUAUCCAGUUUGGUAAGCCAAAGAGAGUUCCAACUCCACCUCCACCAUCGCCCGAUCUUGAGCCACUGCACUACUCACCAACUCCACCACCUAGUGGUAAACCAAAGAAGAGAAGAACACCUGUUCGUACACCAUCACCAAGGCGGGAGAAGUCACCAGACAAAGUCACACUUGAGUUCAAGGAAAGGACAAAGACGCCUGAAUCUAAACCUUCCAGUGCAAAAUCAGUCUUUGAAGAUGGAGAUUGGAAGAUCUGGAUCCAUUCAGCUGAGUCUGCAAGCAAUGGAGACAUCGCCAUGGUGGUCUAUGGAAGUGAGGGGCGAUCACCACCAACCAUCCUGGGGACCGCUGGGGAGAAUGAUCUCUUCCAAGCAGGCAAUAAGGAUGAAUUCAAGGUGAAUCUGAAGGAAGUUGGUGAGGUGUACAAGAUCAGAAUGGAACUCAUCAAUCAAGACCCAAAAGCAGAUCAGGCUUGGUUACUGAAGGAGGUCAAAAUGCAAGACAUGAGCUCCAGGGAAGUUCUCAAGUUUAAGGUCAAUCGAUGGUUAUCAAAGCAACAUGACAACCUGGAGACUGUCCGGGAGUUGCCGGCUGUGCGACCUAGAAAGGAAGUCCUGCCAGUUGUGACGUACCUGAUAGAAGUCGCCACUGGUGGUGAGCCGGGAUCAGAUACUGAUGCGAAUGUUUACAUCAAUCUCUACGGUGAGCGGGGUGACACCGGCAAACGUCUGCUCAACCGAGGGCCUACUGAGGGUCUCUUCCAACUCAAUGCAAGAGAUAAGUUUGAGAUUGAGGCUGUGUCGCUCGGCAAGCUUGACAAGUGUGUGCUGUCACAUGAUGGUGAGAACCCGGGUGAAGGCUGGUACUGCGAGGAGAUCAUUGUCAGGGAGACUGAGGAUGCAGAGAUGGAAUGUGUCUUUCAGUGUGGAAGGUGGCUUGACUCCGGAGUAGAUGACAAGAAGACAGAGAUCGCCCUCAAAGUCAAAGAACAAACUCCAAGUCUAGAAGAUGAAGAACGCCCGGUUCCUGUAACGCCCGAUGCAGAUCAGCCAGAGACGGGUGAAUGGAAAGUCUGGGUGACCACUGGUAAGGAACCAGAUGUUGGGGUCGGUGACGUCGUUCUCUAUGUUUAUGGUGAGAAGGACCAUGUUGGUCCGAUCGUUCUCGGAACUGGCAAGGAGGAGCUCUUCAAAGCUGGAAACAUCGAUGAAUUCAAGAUCAAUCUUGGCGAAGACCUUGGCAAGCUCUACAAGAUCCGUAUUGGACAUGAUGAUACAGACCCAUCCGGCUGGUACUUAGAAAAGGUCAAAAUGCGCGACCUGAACACCAAAGAGUUGCUCACAUUCCAAGUGAACCGCUGGAUGUCGAGGCAUGAAGAUGAUCUGGACAUCUGGAGGGAGCUACCUGUCACAAGACCAGGAGAAGUGCCUCUACCAUGCGUGGUGUACACACUCGAGGUGUACACUGGUAAUGAGUUGGCUGCCGACACCGAGGCCAGCGUCUUCGUCAACCUGUACGGUGAGCGAGGGGACUGUGGCAAGAGAGUCCUAUUCAAAUCCAAGGAUAACACCACCAAGUUCAGGGCAGGACAGUGUGAUGUGUUCGAGGUGGAGGCGGUCCACCUUGGGGCCAUUGAGAAGAUCACGAUCGGUCAUGAUGGAGAAGGACCCGGUGCUGGUUGGUUCCUUGAGAAGAUCGUCGUCACAGAAUCUUCGGACGAUCAGGACACGGAGACCAAGUACUACUUCCCCUGUCAUCGAUGGUUGGAUGAAGGGCAGGAUGACGGCCUCAUAGUGCGAGACAUCCAGGUUGUAACUGUUGGUGAAUACAGCGUUAUUGUGAAAACAAAUGAAAGCAGCGCUGCACCAAAUGGAGGGACGGCGCGCUUGUCAGUCUACGGCACCAAGGGCAACACCAGUGAUGAUAUCAUCCUGUCGUCUGGUGAAAGUACAGUAUUCACACCUGGUAACCUUGACACAUUUGAGGCGACCAUUGGUGACCUUGGUGAGUUCUACAAGGUCAGGAUCUGCAAGGAUGAUAACGACGCUUGGGAGUCGUGGCAGAUUGAUGAGAUCGAGCUUGAAGAGAAAGCUACCCUUGAGAAGGUGACGUUCAAAGCCCCGGAGCCGUUUACCCUGACCACUGGUCCGUUUGGUAGUCCCAACACCACCAAGGAGGUCGCUGCCAUCCGGGAUGACCAACCUUGCCUUCCAGUCUUCCAGUAUCAAGUCUACGUACACACUACCGGAGAGGGUGAUGCUAAACCUCUCCACCUGACCAUGUUUGGAGGGAAGGGUGACACAGGUGCCCGACGUCUGCUUGAUGGCCAAGCUGAAGAAGGUGAAGCAGACGCCAAGUGUGAUGUUUAUACUUUGGAGGCAGUCUACCUGGAUGCAUUGGAGAGUCUGUGUGUUGGGAAGGAGCCGGGUAAACCUCUCUUCCUCAAGGAGAUCUGUGUGAGGGAAUCCAAAGAUGCAAAGCAAGAGUAUGUCUUUGAAUAUAACAGUGGCCUCGGUGAAGGACAAGAUGACUUCUCAGAGACGACCAUUACGCUCAAGGAAAUCCGCCCACUUGGUGCUGCCAAAUCUGGUGACUGGGAGAUAUGGACAAAGACAGGAUCAGAAGAUGAAGCCGGGACCACCGGGCAGCUGUUCAUUGUCUUCUGUGGUGAGAAUAUGGAGAGCGAGCCGAUUCCAGUCCCCGGGACAAAGGAUAGGUCUAUUCUACAAGUCGGAGGGGAGGACACGUUUAAUGUCCAUGUGAAGGAAGACAUCGGGGAACUCUUCAAAGUCCGACUUGGUUUUGAUGAUGUGUCAGAUUCAGCGAGCUGGUAUUUGGAAACGAUCCGUUUGAACCAUCUCUACAACGGCGAUGAGUAUGAGCUGGCUUUCAAUGACUGGUUCUAUGGCACGGAUGACAAGGACUCGUGGAGAGAGUUGGCAGUACUUCCAAAGAAUAGAGAGGCUCAAUCUUUAAGCACAUACACCUACCAGGUGGCAGUCUACACAGGUGGCGUGGACAAGGCCGGCACUGACGCCAAUGUCUACCUGACCAUCUAUGGCGAACACGGUACCAGCGGGAAACGCUUCCUGCGCAAAUCAAAGAACAAUAAUAACAAAUUUGAAAAUGGCAGUGUGGAUGAGUUUGACCUUGAAGCAGUUGACCUUCAGGAUUUGACCCAUAUUGUGAUCGGCCAUGAUGGAUUUGGUGCAGGGUCGGGAUGGUUCUUAGAUAAGGUGGUCAUUAAGGAGAGUGAGGAGACCAAAAGAGAGUUUGUCUUUGACUGUAACAGAUGGCUUGAUGAGGGUGAAGAUGACUUUGUGUUGGAACGCAACUUGCCACUGACAGAAAUCAAGGAGCCACAGGAAGAUGGUAAUGGCUGGAGAGUGUACAUCACGACAGGUGACGAUCAGGAGGCCGGCACUGAUGCCGAGGCCAUGAUGGUCAUCUACUCAGACAAGGGCAAAACCGAGGAGCUCCUACUCCAGUCUGAUGACAAGGCGAAAUACCGCCCAGGAAAGACAGCUGAAUUCAUUGUACAAGUGAAGGAGUCUGUUGGCGUCCCAUACAAGGUUCGUCUUGGCUUUGUUGAGGACACAGCCGACGACCGUUGGCAGAUCAAGUGGGUUAACCUGUGUCACAUCCAGACGGGCACUCAGUAUGAGUUCAACACGGAUAUGUGGCUAGAGGUGGAUGGAGACCAUGACCGCUGGGUGGAGCUGCCUCAUACAGAGGAUGCAGAAUAUGUCAAACCAUUACCAGUGUACGACUAUGAAGUUGUGGUGUACACCGCUGACCGUCAUAACGCUGGCACUGAUGCUAAUGUCUUCAUGGAGAUCGUUGGUGAAAGAGGUGACACAGGGAGGCGACGUCUGGCCAGGUCGCUGGUGGAGGGCGAUAAAUUUGAGGCUGGAAAGAUUGACAGAUUUGAGAUCCGCAGCGUUGACUUGUCCACUCUUGAGCGUGUGUUUGUGAGCCAUGAUGGCAAGGGAGCUGGUGCAGGGUGGUUCCUGGACAAGGUUGUGAUCAGGAAGCUGUUAGCAGGUGACCAGGGAGAGGAGGGGGAGGUGGAGGAAGUGCUCUUCCCUUGUGAUAGAUGGAUUGAUGAAGGAGAGGAAGAUGGGGAGUUGAUGGUGGAGCUUUUGCCUGGGAUAGAGCAGAAAUCUCCCGUAGAAGGUUGGCAGCUGAUCACGACCACAGGCCUCGAGGCUGAGGAGUGUGAGGCACAAGCUGUGAUCAUCGUCUAUGGUGACCAGGGACACACUGAACCCAUACCCAUCGGCCCUGAGGAGGGAUUCACAUUCAAGGCAGGCCAGAAAGAUGACUUUCCUAUUGACUUACAAGAUGUUGGUGACAUCUACAAAGUUCGUGUGGGCUUUGCAGAUUAUGAAGAUGACUAUUCGUGGUUCUUAGAAGAGCUGACACUGAGUGAUGGUCCCAACCAAAAGCAAUACAACUUCAAACUGAAUGACUUGGUCAAGGUGGACCAUGAGAGUGAUGGGUGGAGGGAAAUGGCUCUGGAGACAGAGGAAAAGCUCCCAGUUUACAAGUACAAUGUGUCAGUUUACACCGGCGAUGCGAGGGCUGCUGGCACGGAUGCCAAUGUUUACAUCCAGAUCUUUGGUGAGCGUGGAGACACAGGCAGACGGAGGCUGCUCAAGGCAAUAAACAACAACAACAAAUUUGAGGAAGGGCAGACGGACUACUUUGAGGUUGAGGCAGUUGACAUGGGUGACCUCAAGAAGGUCAUUGUCGGCCAUGAUGGCGAGGGCAUGGGUGCUGGUUGGUUCUGUGAGAAGAUCAUCAUCAAGACAGAGGAGAACUCCACUGAAGAAUACCUCUUCCCAUGUCAUCGCUGGCUUGAUGAGGGUGAGGACGAUGGUCUCAUCGAGCGCGAACUCCUGGUUGGAGCCGAGGAGGGUCACGAUUGGAAGAUCACGACGACCACCGGCAAGGACAAGGAAGAGGGUGCCGCAUCGACGGCCAAGAUCGUGGUGACCAUAUAUGGUGAUAAAGGCCACUCGGUGCCCGUCCCGCUCACUGAGGAGGAACAUACAUUUGAGGAGGGCAAGGAGGAGGAUUUUGAAGUGAAAGUAGAAGAAGAGAUUGGUGAGGUUUAUAAAGUGAGGGUGGGCUUCGAGGAGCAAGAUGGUGACAAGUCUUGGUAUCUUGAUACUCUCAAACUAGAGAAUGUCAGCCUGGGUAAAGUGUACGAGUUUGACCUGAGUGGCUGGAUCCGACAGGACGAGCGAGAGGAUAACUGGCGGGAGAUGGCCGUCAUUCAGGAGGAUAGGAAUGACAUGCAUAAAGUGUAUGACUACAUGGUCACGAUCCACACUUCUGACAUCCGCAAUGCCGGCACCAACGCCAACGUCUUCAUCGAAGUGUUUGGAGAGCGUGGAGACAGUGGCAGACGCCGACUUCUCACACGAGCAGAUCGGGAGGAAACACAUGACAAGUUUGAAUCUGGAGCGGUUGACACGUUCAAGCUCGAGGCUGUUGACAUGGCUGACUUGACCAAGGUGCUGUUGGGGCAUGAUGGGAAGGGAAUCGGCUCGGGGUGGCACGUAGACAAGGUGGUCGUCAGGGAAGAGAAGGAGGCUAACAAAAGAUACCUCUUUGAUUGUGAUCAGUGGAUUGAGGAGAGUGACGACCAUCCUGAACCUGAGAUUGAGCUGCCGUUGACCAAGAUCAUUGAGACGGAGGAGGAUGACAAGGAUGAGAGAGGAGACUGGAAGAUCGACAUCGUGACGAGUGACAUUGAGAACAGUGGUACAGACGCUCAGGUCUCCUUGACCGUGUUUGGCGAGCGAGGUGCCACUGAUCCCAUCCCCCUUGGUGCACCUAAGAAUGGCCUGUUUGAAUCGGGCAUGCGCAAUGAGUUUGAUAUCUUUAUUGAUCCGAGGAAAGUUGGCAAGAUUACGAAGAUUCGUAUCGAGACGGACAGUGAGGGUGAGGCACCGGGAUGGCAUUUGGAAAAGAUUGUGAUGGAGAACAAACUGGAUGCUGAGAAGCAUCUUGAGUUUGAGGUGAAUCGAUGGCUCGAUCCAACUGAAGAGGAUGGUGAUGUAGUGCGGGAGUUUGCUGCUCAGUGGCCUGAUGAAGAACCAGCAACUGCACGAACGUAUAACGUCAAGGUGCACACAGCUGACAAGAUGAGUGCAGGCACGGAUGCACAUGUCUACAUCCAACUCUUUGGGAAAGAUGGCGACUCUGGCAAGCGAUUCCUGCGCAAGAAUGUGGACGAUAGCAACAAGUUUGAAUCUGGCCACAUUGACGAGUUCAAUGUUGAAGCUGUUGGUGUUGGUGAGCUGGAGAAGUUGAUGAUUGGCCAUGAUGGCGAGGGCGCCGGUGCAGGCUGGUAUCUCGAUAAGAUCAUCAUCGCUGAGGAGGAAGGAGCAGCAGAUGAUGAUGUUUAUGUCUUCCCUUGUGAUAAGUGGUUAGAUGAUGGGGAAGAUGACAAGAAGAUUGAGCGAGACCUCGUCCCAGAGUCCAGGCCAAAGAAGUAUCAGGAAUAAUCAAAAUCAUUCAGGGUUACACCUGCUGGUGGUUGCCAAUAAUAUCCGUGUUGGCAGUCUUCUUGAAGAAAAUAAGCUUUUGCUGUGAUAAGAUUUGAUCCAGUGUGAUUUGGUCGGAAGCGUAUGCGGGUAUAACCACUUACACUACUUGUUAGGCUUAGAAGAGCAAUAUGAUUAGUUAAAAUAAAACAAGGUCAAAUCAUACCCAAGAUUUGAUUGGAUUUCAACGGGGCUAUCAAAUCGAUCAUAUUUUGGAUACAGGAAUUAUCAUGAAAGUCCAAGAGGAUCUAUAUUUUUGCGUUUGAAAAUAUUGACAUUCCAUGGAGGUACAGUGAUUAAUUUCAAUACAAUCAUCAGAAUUCUUUGCAUAAUAUUUCAAAUCAAUUUACCCAUUCUUGCAGCCGAGGCCAAUUGAUAGUUAGUUAGGUUUUCCAAGACAUUCCAGUCCACGUUUAUAUGAGUCCAUUUUUCAUUCAAUAUGCCAAGUACAGUUUUGUCUUAGUCACAUAUUGUCAUUCAUGUGGUUUUCCUGUACAGCAUUCUUGUAACAUGUUAUAAGUGCACUUUGAUUUAGCUCUUUAUUCAAAUAUAUACUGAUAGAUUCAACUACAACUACUUGUAGGCUUAUAAAGGAGAAAAGGCCCAGUCCACUUAUGCUUGUGUAAAUAUGAAAUUAUUGUUUAAAAAAUUUUGUCUUGAUAAAAAUAUAUUUUUAUAAUCUUCGUAAUAUUUUGUGCCAAUUGUGUAAAUACAAUUUAACUGAGCAGUGUGUGUCAUAUCAUUUAUUAUCCAUUUUUUUGCAUAAUUCUUUGAAAAAAUUGUCCAAUGUAAAGCUUUGUGUGUUUCAUUUGUGUAUAUUGUGAGGUAUUCAAAGGCCCAGACAUACAUGUAUGUGCUACUACAGGAGAUUUGCACUGUUGCAUGAAAUGAAUAGCCUUCUUUUGUUCAUUUGCACAUUGCAUACUCUGAGGUGUUUGUAUGCUGAGUGACCUGAGUCAACAGCUUAGUUAUCUAUCCAUAGUGAUCUGAGGGAUUAGUUACAAGAGCUGGAAAUUAGACAUGAGGGUUUAAGACACAUAUCACUGUAGAUUUGAACAGUUUCUCUAGUACUUCUGUAUGUGUUGUUUUGAAUCAUAUAUUUGGUAUACCUCAGUCUUUUGAUGUGAUAUCUGGAACAAAAUGGGGUUGUUUGCGGCUGACUGUGUCAUUGUAGACAUGAUAUCAUGUGGCUUUGGUACCUGCAUCAUCUAAGGCUGUGAAAAGUCAAUAAAGUAUCUAUUGGCGUGACCUACUUAUAUAUUCUAAAAUGUGGGUCAUUUAAACUAGAUGAGAUUUAUUGUUAAUAGAAUUAUGUUGGAGUUCACGGGCAGCAAAGUGGCUAAUUAGUAUUAAACAGUUUUCAUAUUGUAGUAUAGUUGAUUACUUUUUAACCGAGCCAAACUGUCUGUGUCCAUCCGUUGAUUGUGAUCAGGAUUUACACAGUUUAUUCUUGAUAAAAGGUUGUUAGUUCAAUUAUUUAUGUUGAGAGUGAUAUGUUGCGACUCACUAAGAUGGCCGAGCUUUGUCCUCCCUUCUAAAAAUGCACUGGCAAGUUCAGACAGCUUGUGUUGGAGUGGACAAUACAGGGUGUCACAACAAAGGAACUUAUCAUUCUGAGCAGAAAUGUGAGAUUGUCCCGAUUUGAGUUAGAUUGUUCAAAACCUAACUGUGUCAGAUUGUAAAAAUGUCCAUUUAUUCAACAACCUCAUGUUUCAGUUAUAAAUAUUUCCGUCCUUUGACCAUGUUAUGGGUUCUCAGUUAUCAAUUUGUCCGUCCUAUUGUUGAAUUGAUCUGUUUUCAAUCUGUCUAGUGCACUUGGUACCUAGGAUAUCAGAAAUUAACAAGGAUGUGAGAUUAAAGAUGUCCUUUGCAGGGGGGGGGGGGGUAUAUGAUUAGACCAGAUAUUCAAUUCUAUCCUUAUAACCAGUAAUCAAAUUUGCUGUGUUUGUGCGGGGUGAGUUUAAGCAUGGGGCGAUUAGCCAGGUAUCUUGGGUAAGUGCAAUAGUUGUUUGUUGUUAUGUUUGUGGCGACUGGAUACCUCAUUAUGUUCCGAGUCCUUGUUCGCUUGAUGACUAAUUGGCCAACUGUUCCCCUAUUAGUGUAUGAGUAUCACUUGAUGAGCAAGCUUCUCCAGCUGGAGUUUGAGGAAGUGAGCACAUGCAGGCUCAUCGUAGCAAAGACCGUAGGCUGAUGACAUGAUGGGGUUUUCUUUGGAUCUGCUGACAGUUUUGUAGCCAUACUAAGCAAAGGUCAUUGAGGGCCCAGCAGCUUGCCGAGUUGUUGUUUGCCAAUUAUAUCAGUUUACUUUCCAAUGAAAUGUGAAUUCCAACUCACAUCUGGCUGCCCGCAAUUUGACUAAUUAUCUUCUCAAAUUUAAAGCAGUUCUCUUCAUUUGAGAGCCGCAUAAAAUGAUAUUUUUCAUCAAAAUGACAUUUUCGAGGUGCUACAAGACUGUCGAUGGAUUGUUUGUCCUGUUCUCCUGCUUUCACUUUCUUGAAAAUGAAUCAAUCUUACAACUAUUUAUGUAUAUUUUUGUUAUAUUUUCCAAACUUCUGUGUCCACAUUCUUGUUUGGUCAAUGUUGCUACAGGUUGUCUCAAAAUUGUCCUUUGUGAUUGCCUGUAUGUUUUACGAGUGCCAUCCUGGUUGCAUUGUUAUCUGUUCCAUUGUAAUGACCUUGACUUGACCUUCAAGGUUUAACUAAAGUGACUUGAACUUGGAAGAUUGCUGAUGUGACCUUGACUUUUGAAAGUGUUAAUUAGUUAGCUUAUUGAGUGAUAGUCUGCUUUUCUUUUCCGUCUCUCAGUCAGUCUGUGAUUAUUUGGUCCCCCAAAUUUGGACAUAAUCUGUUUUAAAAAAAUAAACAGACUUUUCUGGCUCUAAUCUUAGGAUUUGCAGUACAACAUUUGAAGCACUGAGCAGUGCGUGUUUUCUUUCUACACCUAUAAAUAAUGUAGAUUUGUAUAUUUAUGACUGUUGUCUGAAUUUGUCACAGUUAUCUUGCUGAUAGUAUGUUCAUAAUCAAUAAAGAUAUCAAAGAACAGAA